CGAAACACCAUCAGUGGCAGAGGAAGGCGAUCCAUCGAAUCAACAACAGCGUGCGGCCAGAGCAGACACUGCAUCAUGUCGGCACACGAGAACUUUUCUCCUCAGAUUAUUCAACGGGUGGCAAAGGAGAUCCGACAGUUGGCGACAAACCCACCUGCGGGCAUUCGAUAUUUGCCACAAGAUGACGAGUCCCUUGCUGAGAUCCACGUCGAGCUCGUAGGUCCAGAGGACACGCCGUACGCUGGCGGAUUCUUCGAAAUGAAGUUGCUGCUCACGGAGGGAUUUCCAACGGUCCCGCCGAAAGGCCACUUCUUGACCAAGAUCUUCCACCCGAACGUCGCUGCGAACGGCGACAUUUGUGUCAACACGCUCAAGCGCGACUGGUGUGCCGACUUGGAUCUGUCUCACGUACUACAGGUCAUUCGGUGCCUCCUCAUCGUUCCAUUUCCGGAGAGCUCACUCAACGAUGAAGCGGGCAAGUUGUUUAUGGAAUGCUACAGCGAAUACGCCCAACGCGCACGCAUCCUCACGACUAUUCACGCGUCCAAGACAAAGGCAAAAAAUACUAUUGACGAAACCACAUCCAAUUCGUUGACGAUCGAACCGGCGCCUUCGUCACGCGCUUCGAAUAAGCGUCCGCUAGUUGAUACUGCCACCGACAUCAAUGUCGCGAAGAAGAAGCAGGCCGUGAAGAAGAGCUUGAAGCGGUUGUAGCCAUAAGUCAAUAGAACUGUAUUUUACCCCAGCGACA